GGGGAAGGGGAAGGGGUUAGUGUGUAAAGUAAAGUAAAAUGAAUGGAGAGUCAUCAUUGAUGGAAAGGGAGAUGAAGGAGAAAGCAAAGGGUUGUUGUUCGGUGGAAGAGAGGUACACUCAGUGGAAGUCCCUCGUUCCCGUUCUCUACGAUUGGCUCGCCAACCACAACCUCGUUUGGCCUUCUCUCUCUUGCAGAUGGGGCCCUCUACUGGAGGAAGCCACUUACAAGAACCGCCACCGUCUCUAUCUCUCCGAACAGACUGACGGCAGUGUUCCCAACACUCUCGUUAUUGCCAAUUGUGAGGUUGUUAAGCCCAGGGUUGCUGCUGCCGAACACAUCUCUCAGUUUAACGAGGAAGCGCGCUCUCCCUUUGUUAAGAAGCACAAAACUAUUCUACACCCUGGCGAGGUGAAUAGAAUCAGGGAAUUUCCACAAAAUAAUAGCAUAGUAGCCACUCACACGGAUAGUCCUGAGGUACUAAUUUGGGAUGUUGAAACUCAACCAAAUCGUCAUGCCGUUCUGGGGGCAGCCACUUCCCGUCCAGACCUGGUAUUAAAGGGCCAUAAGGAUGAUGCUGAAUAUGCUCUGGCUAUGUGUCCCACUGAGCCCUUUGUUCUUUCUGGAGGGAAGGACAAGUGUGUGGUUUUAUGGAGUGUUCAUGAUCAUAUUUCAACUUUAGCAGUAGAAGCAGAUUCCGAUGAUAAACAGGGCUCUAUAAUUGGGGGCAAUAAUGAGAAAGGUAAAGAAAACUCUUCUAUUGGACCAAGAGGCAUUUACGAGGGACACACAGACACUGUUGAGGAUGUGCAAUUUUGCCCAUCAAGUGCACAAGAGUUCUGUAGCGUAGGUGAUGAUUCUCGCCUCAUACUCUGGGAUGCACGAGUUGGAUCUGCUCCAGUUGUUAAGGUUGACAAGGCGCAUCGCGGGGAUCUUCAUUGUGUUGAUUGGAGUCCUCAUGAUAUAAAUUUUAUCCUGACUGGUUCUGCUGAUAAUACAAUUCACAUGUUUGAUCGUCGGAAUCUUAAAAGUGGCGAAGUUGGAUCACCUGUUUAUAAAUUUGAAGGUCAUGAUGCACCAGUCCUCUGUGUACAGUGGAAUCCUGAUAAGUCGUCUGUGUUUGGAAGUGCUGCUGAAGAUGGCAUUGUAAACAUCUGGGAUCAUGACAAGGUUGGUAAAACAACAGCAGAUUCUGCCGAUUCAACAUCCCCUGGUUUAUUCUUUCGACAUGCUGGGCACAGGGACAAGGUUGUUGACAUCCACUGGAAUGCAUCUGAUCCAUGGACAAUUGUUAGUGUCUCCGAUGAUUGUGAAAGUAGUGGUGGAGGUGGCACCCUACAGAUAUGGCGGAUGAUGGAUCUAAUAUAUCGACCAGAGGAGGAGGUGCUCGAUGAGCUGGAAAAGUACCAUUCUCAUAUUUUUGAAUGCAACUCAUGACAUUUCGUAAAAACUGCAACAUUUACUAAUGCCAGGAUCGAGUAGAAUGUUACUGUUAAAAGAAGAUACUUAAAUAGAAGGAUAAAUUCAGUUCUUGCUUUUCAUGUUCUUCAAUCAAAAUUGGUAUUUUAGUUCA